GUGUCCCUGUGCUCUGUGAUCACAGAACCGAGUGGCCGCUCCAGAGGUUACGGCUUUGUGAACUUCAGUGAUCCAGAGGCCAUAGUGCGUGUUCUCAGCCAAGACCACAUCAUUGACAACAGACAGGUGCAAAUACGGCCGCCACGUGAUUUCCAACUGCCGCAGCAUCAAUUUCCACUGGAACCACCGAGCUCCUCCAAUGCCCUCCUCUCAACCACCUCCCCACCCCUCUCCGCUUCAUCCUCCUCCUCAUCCUCCUCCCACUCCUCUCUCUCCUCCAUUGCUCCCCCCCUAUCCUUCUCCUCCCCUUCCUCCUCCACCUCCUCAGGCACUCUCUCCCUGUCAUCCCGUGCGUCGCACUUCGACUCCCAUCCAUCUGCCCCUGCAGCUGCCUAUCCCGCUCACCUCUCAGAUAACCCACUAGGAGACGGCAGCAGAUGGCAGCCGCAUCACCAGCACCACCAGCAGCAGCACCAGCAGCAGUACCAGCAGCACCAGAACCAGCAGCAGAACCAGCAUCAACAGCAGCAGCAGCAGCAGCAGCAGCAGCGAGGAGGGUCAAUGCGGGAGGCGGAGCAGAGGAGGAAGGUGUUUGUGGGGAUUUUAGGCUCUCCAGAUGCUCUCUCCGCUGAUGAAAUGCGGUCCUACUUUCUCAAGUACGGCCCUGUGGCAGACCUGUUCCAUCCGCAGCCCAGCAGGGGCUUUGCCUUUGUCACCUUCCAAACAGAGGAUGCUGCCCGCUCCGCCAUGCAGGUGAAGGAGCAGGUCAUUGCCGGGGUGAGGGUUCACGUCAAGCCGCCAGCGCCUAAGGCCUCUGCUGCUUCACACACCCAACAGUACCAGCAGAACCAGUACCAGCAGAACCAGUACCAGCAGAACCAGUACCAGCAGAACCAGUACCAGCAGAACCAGUUCCAGCAGAAUCAGUACCAGCAGAAUCAGUACCAGCAGCCGCUGCUGCAGCGCCAGCUCUCCUCCUCGUCCUCGCCUUACUCCCCCAGUGCAGCGACAGCGGCGGCAGCAGCAGCUGCUGCGGCUAUGGGCAUGCCUGGCUCUUAUGGAGCAACCAUGCAAGCAGCGGUCGCGAAUGUUUUCCGCGCCUCAAAAACCCGCUCCUCCCGGAUUCCACUCCCUGUCCUCUGCAUGCGUGCAAGCAGCAUUCCUGGACCCGGCAUCCCUGGGCGAGGGCACAUUUUUGCUAAUCCACUCCAAACCAAACCUCCCCUCACUCCCCUACCUAACCCCUCCCUGUCCUCUGCACCCGUGCAAGCAGCGUUCUUGGACCCGGCAUCCCUGGGUGUGGGGCAGCAACCGGCAGUGCUGCCAGGGCCUUCUCUCUUCAUAAGCAACCUGCACUACAGUGUCACAGUGCAGGAUCUCACCGAGUACUUCAUGGUGCAUGGCGCUGUGCUGGGAGUGGACAUGUUUCGAGACGAAAAGGGGCGAUCCAGAGGCAAGGCGUGCAUUCAUUUCUCCAAUGGCACAGAAGCCGCCAGAGCAGUGAGCCCCCUCCACCCCCAGUCCCCCAUAUCCUCCUUCUCCUCCCCCCCCCACCUCCCUUCUUCAUGCCUUGCAUAA